GAAUUUCAGGUUUCCCUCUUGUGGGUCUCGGGGUAGCGUAGAGGAGACGCGCAUCUCCCUGAUCACCGACACAUUACCAUCUUCCGUUUUCAUGCAUUUUAUCGUAUGUGUUUAGUCUUGGAUAAGGAUGACGGAGAGCGCGGGGAAUAAAAAAGAGGAUUGUCAUGCAGCGAAUGGUGUGAAACCAGGAAGAAAUGGCAUGGUGAAGAACCAUCAUCACCAUCAUCAGUAUCAAAAGCAGGAGAAGGUUUACAAUGCUGCAUGCAAUGGAGAACUUUACAGCAGGCCUUUCAUCGAGUCCUUCGAGGAAACUCCCAUGCUGGUUGCUGUGCUCACGUACAUGGGCUACGGCAUCCUUACGAUCUUUGGAUAUCUGCGGGAUUUCAUGAGGGAGUGGAAAAUAGAAAAAUGCCACAUAGCCAGAGAAAGGGAGGAGCAGAAGGGCUUUGUUCCACUUUAUCAAGACUUUGAGAAUUUCUACACAAGGAAUUUAUACAUGAGGAUUCGUGACAGCUGGAACAGGCCCAUUUGCGGUGUUCCUGGGGCCAAGUUUGACCUUGUUGAGCGGAGUUCCAAUGAUUACAACUGGACCUUUGAAUACACUGGGCGAGUGGUGAAGAAUGUGAUAAACCUGGGCUCGUAUAAUUAUCUGGGCUUUGCAGAGAACAGGGGCAUUUGUGCCACAGCUGCUGGAGAAGUGACAGUGAAAUUUGGGGUGGGCGUGGCCAGCACCAGACAGGAAAUGGGCAACCUCGACAGGCAUGAAGAGUUGGAGAAACUAGUGGCGUCAUUUCUGGGAGUGGAGUCGGCUAUGGCUUUCGCCAUGGGCUUUGCAACCAAUUCUAUGAACAUUCCUGCGCUAGCCGGCAAGGGAUGUCUGAUUCUAAGUGACGAGUUGAACCAUGCCUCUCUGGUACUGGGAGCCCGGCUGUCCGGCUCCACCAUCCGGGUCUUUAAGCACAAUAAUAUGCAGAGCCUUGAGAAGUUGCUCAGAGAUGCCAUUGUUCAUGGCCAGCCCAGAACACAUCGACCCUGGAAGAAAAUCCUCAUUCUUGUUGAGGGCAUCUACAGUAUGGAGGGCUCCAUCAUACGACUGCCAGAAGUUAUAGCCCUGAAAAAGAAGUACAAGGCAUACCUUUACCUGGAUGAGGCUCAUAGUAUUGGGGCAUUAGGACCGAGUGGUCGAGGGGUGGUGGAGUAUUUUGGACUGGACCCCAAAGAUGUAGACAUCAUGAUGGGCACCUUCACAAAGAGCUUCGGUGCAUCUGGUGGAUACAUAGGAGGGAGGAAGGAUUUGAUAGACUACCUGCGAACUAACUCUCACAGUGCAGUUUACGCCACCUCCAUGUCGCCUCCUGUCUUGGAGCAAAUCAUCACUUCUAUGAAGUGCAUUAUGGGAGAGGAUGGAAUGACAAUAGGCCGCUCUCGUAUCCAGCGGUUGGCUGAAAACACAGUCUAUUUCCGUAGGAGACUGCGGGAGAUGGGUUUCAUCAUCUAUGGCAACAAUGACUCACCUGUGGUACCCAUGAUGCUCUACAUGCCCGCCAAAAUCGGGGCGUUUGGUCGGGAGAUGUUGAAGAGAAACAUUGGAGUAGUGGUGGUGGGCUUCCCAGCCACACCGAUCAUAGAGUCCAGAGCCCGCUUCUGUAUCUCUGCGGCCCACUCCAUGGAAAUGCUGGACAGGGCGCUGGAUGUGAUCAGUGAAGUAGGCGAUCUGCUGCAGCUGAAGUAUUCACGGCAUAAAGUUCUUCCCUCAUUGGACCGGCCCUUUGACGAGACCACAUACGAGGAGAACGAAGAGUGACAUACUUUCUAUCUGAACCAAAUGUGCACUGCUCAUCUUCUGCUCUUCGAAAGGAGGCAGUGAACCACUUAAUAAAUAUAACCUUUUUUAAACGUAGGUAUAUCAUCUUUAUUUUAAAACUCUGAACAACACACUGAUGCUUUUAGAAAAAAAGAAAUGCACCUCAGUAUCAUUUUGAUGUGAGGUUUCGUGUCUGUUUUUAACUCAUUGUGGCAUUCGUUUAGAGAAAUAAAUACUUCGAUUUUUCAGGCCAGCCACACUGAAGCCAUAUGUCAAAGCCCUGAAACCUAUUUUUGUGUGCAAAAAACCAUUCAGAGCAUUUUCUUCCCCUCCAGUAAGUGCGAACAGACAGGCAGCGACCCAUAAUUCAGAGGAUCUUGACCUAUGAAAGGAAUUACAGGUUCUUCUUAUUGCAUUGUCAGUACAUUCACUGGGUUACCUUAAUCAAACUCCAAAAGCUCCACAACCUGGCUCCCGAGAUGUUGUUUUCUCCACGGAUUUUGACUUGCGGCCAGCUCCGGUGUCUUGCUUCAAUCUGGAUAUCGUUUUUCUUGUGUUACCGGGAUAUUUAUUUUUUCAUCAAGAUACAAAUCGCGGAGGGCGAUGUUGGUUAUGUCUGAGGGAAGAUUAGUUAGAAACCUGCAUAUUUAUCAAAUUUUCACCUCUGAGCAAACUUGGAUGCUGAUUAUAUGCAUUAUCGCCAAAGUUUCAGCUCAAGUUGUACGGUAGGAUUCCAAAAUCUAAUAGGAAGUAUAACUUUAAAUGCAUAUUGGUUUAUUUUUGAUCAAUAUGCAAUACUUUGAUAACCAUUUUAAUGGUGACUUUUAAGUUCAAUGCCAUGAAUCACUAAUAAUAUUGCUCUCUAUCAAGAGAGUUUACUCUAGUUUUAUAAGCUUCCCUCAGUAAUGACUGAAGUUCAUUGUCUUAUGAUUUGCAAAGUCUUAACACUUUUCAGUUUUUGUUGUACGUGUUUCUCAAAUGUACAUAUUUAUUUAUUAUUCAUGCUUCAUAUCUUUUAUUGUUGUGGAAGUGUACUUUAAUCAUCAACUGCAGCUCCAGAUGCCUCUCGUUUGCACAUGCUCUCAGUGCACAUACUACUGAUGAGUAUUUUUAUAUCAUUUUGUUGUUCCCAGCAAAGCAUGUGGGAUGUAAUAAUCACAGAAUCGGCUGGUUUAUGAAGCUUUAAAGGUGCUGAACUCUACACUCUUUUCUGUUUUGUGGCUUCUGUUGCUUUGGGUCUUGUGAGUUCAUAUGUUUCCCCAUGUUUAGCACAAGCCUUUUAUGACAUCAAAAACCAGGGAUAUUUCUUUUUAUCAUAACCUUAUAUAUAUUGUGAGAUGUUUAAAAAAAGCAAAGGAUGGGAACAAUCUUUUUUGUCUUGAUAUUAUAAACACUGGCAUUUAAGAAAGUGAUGAUUGAUCCGACUGAUCCAAAGACUUCUAGUUCUGAAAAAACACAUGAUUUACCAGUACAUUCAAUGUAAUAGGUUGCCAUUUGGAUUAUUUCUGCCUGUAGUACAUACUGUUUUUAAGACCUACUUUUGAAUCAAAGUACACUGUGGGCUUCAUCAGUUCAGGAGUUGUUUUACUAAGGAAAUUAAAUUACAUUGACUAAA